CCUGCAACGCAGAUUAAUUCCUGCACAACCUUUGGUGACGUUUUUCUCAAAACAGAGAAUAGAAGACGACAACACAGCUGAUGAGAUCUGUGCCAAAAUUAGAACAGAUUAUUAUUUCUUUGUUCUGGGAGUUUUAAAUUUGUGGCUCUACAGAAAGAGGUGGUAUGAGGGAGUGGUUGUUGUGUACGGGUUGGUGUGAGCAGCUAGUAAUCCAAUGCUAAGACAGCCUCCCCAGCCGUCUGAUGGCAAAUUGCCAGUGUUUGUGUUUCCUUCAUCAUUGAACUUUUACUCCGAUGAUCAGUCUUCUCACAAGCAGGUGUUAACCUUGUAUAACCCUUACGAGUUUCCACUCAAAUUCAAAGUUUUAUGCACAUCUCCAAGAAAGUAUACAGUGGUCGAUUCCGAGGGUACCAUUAGACCACAUUGCUGUGUGGACAUUGUUGUUCGCCAUUUAGACAUCUGUAUCAACAAUGAAGGAGUGAAAGACAAACUACGCAUUCAAGUCCUCGAACAUGGCACCAAGAAAGUUAUUGGGAAAAAGGACAUUGUGGCAGUGCUGCUACCAAAGAAAGAAUCUUCCCAACAACCUGAGGAUAAUUUCCAUUCACUGACUGCAUCUGCUUCACAAGAACCCCAAGGGACACCCAGUAGAGCCAUAAGACAGGAGGGGAGAGGGGGAGGGGGAGGCCCCAGUUUUAUUGUGAUCUGUACUGCUGUUUCCUGUAUUCUGGCUCUCAUGCUGCCAUUAAGUGGUGACACAGACAGCAGGCUACCAGAUUAUCUUCAUCUGACAGUGAACCAGAAAAUGAUUGCAGCAUAUAUUCUAGGUCUUGUCACCAUGGUCAUUUUACACGUAUGACCCACCUAACACCCUAUGAACCUGUAAAGUUCUAAUAAGAUCUACCAGACCAUUGAUCAAGAAACAGAAUUAAAGCUUAUUCCUUAGCAGUGUCCUGUAUGUGUAACAGAAUCUGUUUGCCAGCACAACUUAAUGCUUUGUUUUGCCUUAUUUCACAUAUCAUAAUUUAUGAUCCCAUAGUAUUACGUACACAGAAAGACAACUUAUUUUGGAGGGGAGAAAUAAUCAAUUUAUAAUCAUCAUUAUAGAUAUAUGUAUGUGUAAAAAUAUUCACUGUGCUUGAGUAUGUUUUAUAGUUGUGUUGAACAUUAAUUACCUCAUAUCCAGUUCAUGAACAGACAACUGUCAGGUCACUUGUGUUUUAAAUAAUUUAUUUGUAGAUAACUUUUUUUUUAUUUGUAUGUAUUGUAAAGCAGUGUGAAAAGUAUGCAUUUGAAUUUUUAAAAUUAUUCCUUUCGUACCUAUAAACAGUAGCUUCAGAAAUUAACCUAUUCCAAGUUGUACUGUAAAUUGUGUAGAUAAAAAUUGCCUAGUUUGGAAGAAUGAGUCGUAUUUCUAUGAUAGAUGUUUGUAUUUUAGGCAUUUCAUAUUGUAUAUUUUUUGUGCAUAAAAGUUUUUUUUGUAUUUGAUCACUUACCGGUAAACAUAUUGUACAUAUAUUGAGUAGCAUUUAAAUAUGAUGCGUGCAAUAAAAGACAAUGUGAAACUAAA